UGUCAAUCCCUUCAUUCCACAAAUAGUGCACAAAUGCUAUGUGUUGGGCACUUGGAAAAGAAGAAUGGACAAAAUAGAUGACAAUGCUUCUUGGAUCUUACAUCCUCUUCAGAGAAAAUGGAAAAUAAACAUGAUAAAUAGGGCCAAGAGAGGAGACCCCUACAUUCCAAGGGAGCUCUCAGAAAGGCAGUCUGGAGGAAGGAGAGCAGCACUGGACAGCCGACCCCGCAGCUCCACCUCAGUUAACAGAGCAUGUGGCUGACUGGCUGACAUUGGAGCAGAGCAAUGUCCAAGCCAAAGCACAGGAGGGCCUUGCCAGUGUGUGGAUGGAGCUUGUUUCAAGGGCCAGAGCACCUCUCAGAACCCCCCAGCCCCCUUUGAAUCACCGUUUCCAGCUACCUUUUGAGUCCCUGACCCUAAUGUAAAAUCCUCUCUGAGGAUCCCAUUGGCUGACGAUGAGACGGCUCCUUCUUCUGUAUUUCGCAUUGCCCGGCCUCCUGUGUGACCAACAAGCUUGCUCCCGCGGGGCUUGCUAUCCACCUGUUGGGGACUUGCUCAUUGGGAGGACCCAGUUUCUCCGAGCUUCAUCCACCUGUGGACUGACCAAGCCUGAGACUUACUGCACGCGGCACGGAGAGUGGCAUAUGAAAUGCUGCAAGUGUGACUCCAGGCUGCCUCACAAUUACAACAGCCACCGAGUGGAGAAUGUGGUUUCGUCUUCAGGCCCCGUGCGCUGGUGGCAGUCACAAAAUGAUGUGAGCCCUGUUUCUCUGCAACUGGACCUGGACAGGAGAUUUCAGCUUCAGGACAUCAUGAUGGAUUUUAAGGGUCCCAUGCCUGCAGGCAUGCUGAUUGAGCGCUCUUCAGACUUUGGCAAGACCUGGAAGGUGUACCAGUACCUGGCUUCUGACUGUGCGACUGCCUUCCCCCGGAUCCGUCAGGGCCAGCCACAGAACUGGCAGGAUGCCCGGUGCCAGCCUAUGCCCCAUAGGCCGAAUGGGCAUCAAAAUGGGGGGAAGGUCCAGCUUAACAUUAUGGAUUUAGCAUCUGGGAUUUCAGCAUCUCAAGGUCAAAAAAUCCAAGAGUUGGGAGACAUCACAAACCUAAGAGUCAACUUCACCAAGCUGGCCCCUGUGCCCCGGAGGGGUGUCCACCCUCCCAGCGCCUACUUCGCUGUGUCCCAGCUACGUUUGCAAGGCAGCUGCCUCUGUCAUGGCCAUGCUGACCGCUGCGUCCCCAAGCCUGGCGCCCCCGCGGGCCCCUCCACCGCUGUGAAGGUCCACGAUGUCUGCAUCUGCCAACACAACACUGCUGGCCCCAACUGUGAGCGCUGUGCGCCCUUCUACAACAACCGGCCCUGGAGACCUGCAGAGGGCCACGACCCCCAUGAAUGCCAAAGGUGUGAUUGCAAUGGGCACUCGGAGACCUGUCACUUCGACCCAGCUGUGUUUGCUGCCAGCCAGGGGACACAUGGAGGUGUGUGUGACAACUGCCGGGACCACACGGAGGGCAGGAACUGUGAACGGUGUCAGCUGCACUAUUUUCGGAACCGGCGACCUGGCGCUCCCAUCCAGGAGACCUGUAUCCCUUGUGAAUGUGACCCGGAUGGGGCAGUGCCAGGGGCUCCCUGUGACCCCAAGACUGGCCAAUGCGUGUGCAAGGAGCAUGUGCAGGGAGAACGCUGUGACCUGUGCAAGCCGGGCUUCACUGGACUUACCUACGCCAACCCACAGGGGUGCCACCGCUGUGACUGCAGCGUCCUAGGGGCCCGGCGAGACAUGCCCUGUGACGAGGAGAGUGGGCGCUGCCUGUGUCUGCCCAAUGUGGUGGGCCCCAAGUGUGACCAGUGCGCUCCCUCCCACUGGAAGCUGGCCAGUGGCCGGGGCUGCGAGCCGUGUGCCUGUGACCCGCACAACUCCCUCAGCCCCCAGUGCAACCAGUUCACAGGGCAGUGUCCCUGCCGGGAAGGGUUUGGUGGGCUGACGUGCAGUGCUGCAGCCAUCCGCCAGUGUCCUGACAGGACCCACGGAGAUGUGACUACCGGAUGCCGAGCCUGUGACUGUGACUUCCGGGGAACAGAGGGUCCAGGCUGUGACAAGGCCUCAGGCCGCUGCCUCUGCCGUCCUGGCUUGACGGGGCUCCGCUGUGACCAGUGCCAGCGAGGCUACUGCGACCGCUACCCAGUGUGUGUGGCCUGCCACCCCUGCUUCCAGUCCUAUGAUGCUGACCUCCGGGAAAAGGCUCACCGUCUUGGCAGCCUUCGCAAUGCCACGGCCAGACUGUGGUCAGGGGCAGGCCUGGAGGACCCCGGCCUGGCCUCCCGCAUGCUGGCUGCCAAGAACAAGAUCCAACAGAUCCAAGCUAUCCUCAGCAGCGCCUCAGUCACAGAGGAGGAGGUGGCCCAGGUGGCCAAUGGCAUCUUUUCCAUCAGGCGGGCUCUUCAGGGCCUGCAGCUGGACCUGCCCCUAGAAGAAGAGAUGGCAACCCUCCCAGGAGAUCUGGAGAGUCUGGACAGAAGCUUCAAUCAUCUUCUCAUUAUGUAUCAGAGCAAGAGGGAGCAGUUUGAGAAAAUAAGCGGUUCUGACCCUUCAGGAGCCUUCCGGAUGCUAACAGCAGCCUAUGAGCGGUCCGCCCAGGCCGCUCAGCGGGUAUCUGACAGCUCCCACUUGCUGCGCCAGCUCAGGGACAGCCGUAGAGAGGCAGAAGAUCUGGAGAGGCAGAUGGGAGCUGGAGGAGGUGCUGGUGGUCCCCAGCUUGAGGCCCUCCGGCUAGAGAUGGCUUCCUUGCCUGACCUGACACCCACCAUUAACAAGCUCUGUGGUGGCUCCAGGCAGAUGCCCUGCACCCCAGGAGCAUGCCCUGGGGAGCUGUGUUCCCAAGAUAACGGCACAACCUGUGGCCCCCACUGCAGAGGUGCCCUCCCCAGGGCCGGAGGGGCCUUCCGGACGGCGGGGCAGGUGGCUGAACAGCUACGGGCCUUUAACCUCCAGCUCCAGCAGACAAGGCAGAUGAUUAAGGCAGCGGAAGAAGCUGCCUCGCAGGUCCAAUCAGAUGCCCAGCGUCUGGAGACCCAGGUGAGCACCAGCCGCUCUCAGAUGGAGGAGGACACGGGGCGCAUUCGGCAGCUCAUCCAGCACGUGCGGGACUUCCUCUCGGACCCUGAAACAGACGCAGCCACCAUCCAGGAGGUGAGCCAGGCGGUGCUGGCUCUGUGGCUGCCCACCGACUCCGCUACUGUCCUGCGGAAGAUGAAUGAGAUCCAGGCCAUCGCAGCCAGGCUCCCCAAUGUGGACCUGGUGCUGUCCCAGACCAAACAGGACAUCGCCCGGGCCCGCAGGCUCCAGGCUGAGGCUGAGCAGGCCAGGAGCCGAGCCCACACAGUGGAAGGCCAGGUAGAGGAGGUGGUUGGGAACCUGAGGCAAGGCACAGUGGCACUGCAGGAGGCUCAAGACACCAUGCAAGGCACCGGCCGCUCCCUGCGGCUUAUCCAGGAGAGGGUGGCUGAGGUUCAACAGGUCCUGGUGCCUGCAGAGAGGCUGGUGAUGAGCAUGACAGAGCAGCUGGGCCGCUUCCGCACUCGGAUGGAGGAGCUCCGUCGCCAGGCCCAGCAGCAGCGGGCCCAGGCGGCCCAGGCCCAACAGCUUGCGGAGGGCACCAACAAGUGGGCACUGACUGCCCAGGAGGGAUUUGAGAGAGUACAGCAAAAGUAUGCUGAGCUGAAGGACCGGCUGGGUCAGAGUCCUAUGCUGGGUGAGCAGGGCAGCCGAAUCCAGAGCGUCAAGAGAGAGGCCGAGGAGCUGUUUGAAGAGACCAUGGAGAUGAUGGACAGGAUGAAAGACAUGGAGUCAGAGCUGCUGCAAGGGAGCCAGGCUAUUGUGCUGCACUCGGCGCACCUGACGGGGCUGGAGAAACGUGUGGAGCAGAUCCGUGACCAUAUCAACGGGCGCGUCCUCUACUAUGCCACCUGCAAGUGAUCUCCAGCUCCAGCCUCCUCCGACCCCACUCAUCUACCCUCGUUGCCUUUGAGGGGCAGGUUUGGCUCCAGGAGACUCAGAUGCCACUUACAGCAUGAUCUGGAUUACCCUAGGUGUGCAGCUGCAGGAUCGCCGUGACCCACGGCAGUGGCUGCCCUGACAGGACCACUGCAUUGAAGGGAUGGAGAUGCUGGGGCUGGGUGUGUCAUUAUGGCUGAGAGUUCUCCAGCCAGGACAGCUGAACUGGGCAAUGUCUGCAACCCUUUGUCUUUCAUCGGGUCCAAAUCCUGGACCGACACAAAAAGUGAUAUGUACAUGGAAAACCCAAUAAAAGAUAUU